AUCGGAUCAAUUUACCGCAGGGCAACUUUCAAAACCGGUUGCCUGCCAACUGGUCCUUUAUUUUGUGUCACUAUUAUAACUAACUCUCACUGUCGCCAUAACAUUUAAGUCAUAUAAUUUUGUGCCUUAGACAACAUAACGCACACGUCGAUGUCAUUUGCGGCCUGACCUAGAUUCUAAAGCAUCCUUGCGGGCAACAGCUGUCUGGAAUCAGCUUCUAGCUUGAGAGUCUGUCCCUUGUGACAAUGUUGGGCGCAAGGGACAGGAAGGGUUUCUCUAGGGACAAGGUGGACGUCGAAUCAUUGGAACAGGAAAAUGAUCGCGGUCUGGAUCACCUCGCGGAUCGUGUGGCCCUCCUAAAGAACGUGACGCAAGGCAUCAACAAGGAAGCCAAUGACCAGCACAAGCUAUUAGACAACAUGGACGGCAGCUUUAUGUCCGUGCGAGGGUUUAUGGGCGCUGUGACGGAUAAGUCCCGAUUGGUGUACAACGAUAAAGCCAAUAAGCGACUUAUCUACGGCGUCAUCAGCGUGGCGGCUGUUUUGUUUCUCGUCUGGUACUUGAUGCGCAAGUGACCCGGACUUCAGGAAGGUCGCUGCGUUGUGCUGAUGGGCGAACACCGGGUCCUGGGUCUCGCAGUGCUCUACUGAGAGCAGGUCACACCGUAACGGUGGCCUUGCGUGCGUGCGGUGUUGGGGUAUGGAAGUGCGUUUGCCUUCCUUUAUUUUGGUUAACAAGGCGGACUGAUGGACAUGAGCAAGACGCAUGGGCUGGACUACGUGCGGCGUUUACGGUGAUCCAUAAGGAUGAUGAAGCAGGUUGUGUGUUCUGGACUACCUUUUAGAUCAGACCGUGAACACAUAUACCAUGCGAAGGUGUUUGCUGCUUUCGAGUAUACGGGUUUAAUAUAGGGAGACGGAGGGAUAGGGAGAAGGCGGUUUCAUGCAAGUGUAAUCAAUUUCUUGCGGG